UUCUCGUGCGUUUCCGAUCUAAAAGAAGAUUAUUCUGUAUUUUUGGUUACACAAAAUAUCAACAAAUAUGUUCUAACCUACGGUGGAAAAAGUGAGAAUUUAAGACAAGAAUGAGUAUGUCUGAUGAUUGGGACGUGGAACAACAUAAAGUGGAAUACGAGUCUGACGAGCACUGGGAGUUACGGCGUAAAUUUCUGCUGACCCACAAACAUAAAUUCCCCGAAGAUAUACUCGUUUGUUUAGCCCAAGUGUUCGUCAAUGUCGAACUGUUAGGAUGCAGAUAUCCACAAGAAACAAUGGAUUUAGUCAAAGAAUUAUCGCAAGAUGUUGCAGCCGAAUAUAGAGAAAAGCAAAAGAAAAAGUUACAAAGAACAUUUGUGGAAGCAUCAGAGGCAGCUAGUUCUAAGGUGAAAGGAUGCGCUGCUAAAACAUCCACUGUCACAGAAGAAUCUAUACCGAGUAUGCCUAAUCCUAUAUCGAACACAGCUAAUCAUACUGACCAAUCUCGUAAAAAAAAUAAAAAACGUUCUAAAAAAAAUAAAAAGCUUGAUACUGAAAUGAAAUUGCUUCCUAAUAUUAAAAAAGAAUCUAUAUCCAGUAUACUGAAUUACAAUUAUCAGUCUUGUGAAAAUCUUGAUAUCAAAGAAGGACCAUUUAAAAAAAUAAAAACAGAGAAAAAUGUCUUAGUUAAAGCUCAAAAUCAUCCAUACGAAGACAUUGUUCUAUGGGAAAAACCAGGUACUAACGAUAAUGUACUAAAUAUAUUAGAAAUGUCAGCUGGAGUAUCUGGUAUCGCUAUGCGUUGGAAGUACUCUAAGAUAGAAGAAGGCUGGGAAUGCUCUAUUAUUUUUGACUCACAAAAAUUGAGUUGUAGCACUGAUAUCAAUAAGAAAGUAGCCAGACAAAAAGCAGCUAUUAUUGCAUUAGAAAAAUUACAAAAACACUGUUAUACGGUUAAGGUUAAAGGAGACAUAGGUACAAAAAUAACUGUAACGACAGAAGAAUUAAAGUCUCAGGAAUCUCAAUCUGAGGACAAUUGGAAAGUAUCUAAUUGUAUUGGGAAAAAUAUGAUGAAAAUGAUGGGCUGGACCGGCGGUGGUCUUGGAAAAUCUGAACAGGGUAUUGUGGAACCCAUGUCUGCCAUGGUUAAGACGCAAAUAAAUCGAGAAGGUCUUGGUCUGAAAAAGAAUUCUUAUACGGAACAAGAAAUAAAAACUAAAUGUCGAAAAUUAUUUAAAGAUCUCUUACAAACGGAUAAUUAUUCGCGAAAAGACAUUGUGUUUCUGGAUUUCCCUAAAGAAGACAGAAUUGUGAUUCAUCAAGUUGCGCGAACAAUGGGUCUUAAAUCACGUAGCCAAGGCAAGGAUCAACGAAAACUGAUAGUCUCAAGUAAAGUCAAUAUAUGGAGUUUGGUCAGAGAAUUAAACAAUCUUGGUGGAGUCACCGAAAAAUACGAAUUAGUGAAACCGACUGACGAAAAAUUCAUUUCAUUAUCAACUUCUACUUGUACAUAA